UACAAAAUAAAGCUGAAAGUUGUAUUAUUUAUGAUUUAUGAAAAUGAUUUUUGCAGUAGUUAUUAACUAAUUAUCGACCUCCACCGUCCCUCUGCUCUGCGACUGUGAUUCACCUAAAAUGUUCGCCAAGAGACUCAUCUCCUUCCUUAGGUCCUCUCCAAAAUCUCAGCUUUCAAGUUCCACAAAGAAUGUGGAUGAAGGCAAGAGCAAAUAUUUCGGUCGCAAGGCAGUGUCGUUUGUUUUGAUUACUGUUACGGGUGGUGUUGCUCUAAGUGCCCUUGAUGAUCUUGCCAUCUAUCAUGGCUGUAGCAGCAAGGCCAUGGAGCAAGUGAGCAAGAACCAGGCAUUAGUAGAUGCUAUUGGAGAACCAAUAGUUAAAGGUCCAUGGUACAAUGCAUCUCUGGCGGUAGCUCAUAAGAGGCAUUCUGUGUCUUGCUCAUUUCCUGUUUCUGGACCACAAGGCACAGGUAUCUUACAGCUAAAGGCAGUUCGAAAUGGAGAGGACACUUGGUCUUCCUUUUUUCUUCCCCGAGAUUGGGACAUUUUAAUCAUGGAUGCCCUCCUUCAUUUACCUGGGAAUGAUGAAAGGAAUAGAACGAUGCGGAUUAAUCUCUCUGACAAGUUGGCUUCUUCUUGUACUGCUGCUGCUUGCACUGCAUGCGUACCUUCUCCAUCACAAAAUUCAAAGGCUAAAUUGAGUACCACUCAAUGAUAAUAAGUGUAUGUAGCAAAAUUUAAUUCAGUUACAUACUGCGUUUAUGUUUCAAACAAUUUGUUUAGUUGAGGCUGGGAGGAUGUCAAUAUUUGUUUUUACAGAAUAAAAUUUCGGAAUUUUUGUUUGGUGUAACAUACUGUAAUAUUAUUUACCAUUUUAUUUCACUAGAAAAUAAAUGAUGACUUUUGAGAUGAAA